UCUAUGUCUUUGAAAGUGGAUUAUUGUUAUCGUUAACUGAACACUUAACAAAGGUGGGGGAUGCUAGAGGUUAGCUAGUCUGCUAAUGUAAUACAGCUGUAACUAAUUGGAGGAAUGCCCGUGGUUAACGAGAUUAUACAAGUCAGAAGGUAAAAUGACCUUAACUUGGGUUUUCUGUGGCGGUUUCUGGCUUCAUACAGCGUUACACUGCUCAGAGAAAGCACAUAAUUUUGACCCUAACAUUAGCUUUAUGAAUGUGUUAUUCUCUUUAUGGUGCUACAAAGCGUGAUAUUGGUCUAAGGUUGUGACUUUGAAGGGUAAUACACUGUUUAAAUAUUGACAGAAAUGCAUAAGCAUGACGAUAAACAAUAGAAAAUAAAUAUUUUCUAUGUUUCUAUAAAUUUACCAAAACGAAAAAAAAUCACAGGGUGUCCAGUCAGUUGUAUUGCGUUUAAUUUAAACUAGAAAAUAAUGACAUAAAUAACAUUAAACAGUUUAAUUUCACAUUCAACAUUUUGGUUUUGAUAACUUCAGAGUCACAUCCCAAACAAAUUCCCCAAAUCUAAUGAUGGAAAAAAAAAAAGGUGAAAGAAAACAAAUGACCAAAUAGAAUAAAAAUAUUUCGGGACAUCCCCAGAAAUUGUAGCCCUGGACUACUGCCCCUCUAAAGUCUGGCCUAGUUGGAGUUCUGAUGGUUAAUGUCUUUGUGUGGUGCUAAUGUUGAGUUAGCAUUGUGUAUUUACAUUUCUCAUCACAACUGUUUAGCAAACACGCAAAUAUAAAAUAAAUAUGCGUAACUACGCAAAUAAAUGACUGAGAAAUAAUUUAUUUAUACCUAUAAUAUAAUAUAUGUCCAAUUAGUUUAGUGGAUUAAAACAUUUCAGAAGCAUUGACCUGAGCCAUUACCAUAGCAGCAGAGAUAUAUCUAUGACUGUUCUGCUAGUAGAAGUCCAGAUUAGGUGGCAAAAAGAGCCAAAAUGAGUAAGAGGCUGUUGGUGUCACUUUCGAGAAAAAAAAGUCAAAUAUUAUCUGCGAAUGAAUCCGUGUGUGUAAAAAUAAAUAUUUGAAGAAAUGAUAAACAUUCGGAGGAGAAGAGAAAGCAAGUCCCAACUCGUUAGCAGUGAAAACUCUGCAGCUUCUGCUUGCGGGGAGGGGGGAUGGAUCAGGUUUCUAUACAGUGUGGAUCAUGAAAUUUGAGGACUGAAAAUGGCAUCCUCCAUUAGAGGACGGAGUAAAGCUUAUUACGGUGAAACACAGUGAAGUGCUGGCCCGCCUCCCAUCUCAGAGCAGAUUGGGGACAUCGGUUACCAUAGAGAUUCUGCUCCGACAUGAUUCUGUCCCUUCUUCCUGUCAGGUUCACUACAUGAAUAAUCUGACUUUUAAACACCUUUUUUUUCUUCCCAGUCAGCUGAAAUCCCAUCUGUGCAGACCUGUCGCUCUGUAUGUCCUCAUGUUUAUCUCUCACUUAUUUAUGUCGAAAACCGUUCCAUCAUCAUCCAUCUCUAAAGGGGAAAGACCUGGUGGUCACUGAAAAAAGUGGUACCCUUCGACCUCACUUGACCUCAUGUUUUCAUGCACUUCCAUCGUUUUUAAUUGUCUGAACCGACCAAAUAGCCUGACUUUACUCUCUUCCUGUUGGCGUCCAUCACUACGACACGUUAGAACCACAGACUUUAGUGGAUUUUAUUGGGAAUUUAUGUGAGGGAGCAACACAAAGUGGCAAAUAUUUGUGAAGCGGAAGGAGAAGCACACGUGAAAGAGUUGACUCAUUGUGCUGAAUACAAACACACACAAGACUUUUCAGAUAUUGAAUUGUAAAACACUCUGUUGUUCUCCCACAUCAGUUGUCUACUGCUUGGUGUUGAUAUAUUGCACAAAACACGCUAGAGUUUUUGGCUGUAACACAACAAACUGUGUGUGAAUUUAACGGGCCAUUGCAUUCCUACGCAAUUCCGCUCGAUUCUCAUCUCCCUGCAGCGUUCUGUGUGGAAUUUCUCCCAUUGAGUUCGAUUUCUCUGGUUGAGUUUCAACCAGGCCAGUUAGCGAAUAGAAGGCAGCUGUUUUAGAAUUGUAGUCUGCCUAUAUAAGGCUAUAGUAUGUGGUUCAAAUGAAUGUUUUCACAUCUGAUAGUCCGGUAGACUCUGUUCAAUUGGGAACCAAAAUGGCAGCACUACAUUUUCAGUUGGUGAGAUUCUCUUUCACACUGUACUGUAUCAAACAUCCCAAACCUUUUGAAAAUCCUGUUCCCUCCCCUCAUGCCUAUGGUGCUGCUGCACCAAGAACUGCUCAAGGAAAUGACUCAUAAACCUCUGAAGUAGACACUGAAUACAACUUCCUUCUUCACGAAGUACAAGCAAAAAUGGAGUGGCGUCAGAUUUUAGGUUGUAAGAUUUCUCUUUUGUUGUUGGCUAAAAACCAUGAGCCAUUUCGCCCUCUUGCACCAGACACACGGGUUUGUUUUGGUUAUAUUUACCCAGAAUCCCUUGCCUUGCUUUUGGAAUAGUCUCUGGUCCAUUUGCCUUGGCAUUGGCAUUUGAACUGGUCCAGAGUUCACAUCAACCAAACUGAGAUCUAGGUUUGUAGGCGGACCAGAACUUCCCACCCCAAACUGACUGGACUUUCUCGGCAAACGUAUUAGAGUUGGAUUCAGUCGGACUAAACAGGGCUGGUGCAAAGGGGCUGUAAAGAUGUCAUAGCUGUACCACCCAUGCAGUUUUACGACCCACAGCAUUUCCAUAAGCUCCAUCGAGCUGAAACUGUUCAAACAUCACUGCCAAAUGUUUGCGAUUGUGUAAAAUCAGAUCAAAUUGUUUCAAACUUCAAAGGAGUUAAGUCCUCUGGGAAGCAAUCAUUUUCCAAUAAGUCCAGAACCGCCGCAGUGUAGAACAAGAGGCUGGUUCUUCCCAGGCUGUUAGUACUUUUAGGAGGCUCUGUCUCGGUGCCAGUUGUAAUUUUGUAAGCACCAUCAGAGGGAGCAGUACUCAGCUUGAUGAAAUGUCGCCUCAGGAUCAUGUAGCCACUUUAUGUCCUUCCGGACCCUUUCAUCGUCUUGCAUUCCCUCCUCCCCCCUCUCAUACCCUCCUUACAGGGUUACCGCUCUGCUUCUCCCCUCCUAAUUUCUUGGACCUCUUAAUUGGCGCGGAUCUGGCCCGGUCCUGAAUUAUUCAAAGGAGACGUUGGUUUCUGGGGGCUGACAGGUGUCCCUUUGCACUUGAUCACUUCGUUUUCCAUUAGCUGUGAGUGAAAGGUGCCAUUAGAUUCUCUAGGAAACUGUCCUCCCUCACCGACCGCAAGUCUUCCUGUUGGACGUCCGCUCUCUACCUGAGGAAGACGAUGGAGAACUCGGUGGCCGUCUGGCUCCAGUACGACGAGCUCCUGUUUUACACGGCCUGCGUUUCUCACUGCUGGUCCAUGUGUCUGUGCGCGUGCGUGUGCUUGCAGGGCAGAGUGUUCCGGAGGCGAGUGGCCGGCGGUGGCAUGCGUCUGGGCAGCAGCUGGAGGUGGCAGCUGUCCCGGGCCAUGCGGCUGGCGCUGCGCUUGCGCCGGCUUUGCCGCCCGCAGGAAGGAGGAGGUCGGGUCGGGGUCAGGUUGACAGCGGCGUGGAGGUACGGCAAGCUGCUGCUUCGCUCCCUUUACUACAACAGCCUCACCAACUCGGACACGCUGCUGGACUGCGCGUUCGAGCCAGUCUACUGGAUCGUGGACAACGUCACCCGGUGGUUUGGAGUGGUGUUUGUGUGCCUGGUGGUCCUGCUGACGUCCUCUGUGGUCAUCAUUGUCUACCUGUUUGUCUUACCAACCAUCUUCUCCUCGUACCCCGCUCACUGGAUCGCCUGGCAUCUCUGCUGCGGCCACUGGCUGCUGAUCCUGGUGGUCUUCCACUACUACAAGGCCACCACCACCUCCCCCGGACACCCACCCAAGGACAAACGCGACGUUCCAUCUGUUUCCAUCUGUAAGAAAUGCAUCACCCCCAAACCGCCGAGGACGCAUCACUGCAGCAUCUGCAGCCUGUGCGUCCUGAAGAUGGACCACCACUGUCCCUGGCUGAACAACUGUGUCGGCCACCUGAACCAUCGAUACUUCUUCUCCUUCUGCCUCUACAUGACCCUGGGCUGCGUCUACUGCAGCAUCAGCAGCAGAAACCUGUUUCUGGAUGCCUACAGCGCUAUAGAGGUGAGUGAGUUCUGUUAGGGUUCAGAGCGCUUUACCUCCAUUUAGUUUGAUCACCAGAGCCUUGUUUGGCCAUUUAGGAUCAACAAAAUAUGACUGAUGACUGUAUUCAAACUUAAAGGGGCAGUAUUGUGUGUUGUCCAGCCACAUAGCGCCAUUUUAUAGCACAAUCACACAACUAUGUUACCUUAAAUUGUUGUAAAAAGGUUACAUAUAUCAAAUAUGACUUAAGAAAUUUGGCAGUGUAAGUUAGUUCCUUGAAAUUGGGCUGCUGUCUCUUUAAAACUCCGGCUCUUUCUGAAACUCCACCUAUGGGAAGUCAUCACAACAUGGCUCCUCUAUUAACCCUUUAACAACUUUUUUUUUAACCAACAUUGAGCUGAGAAAUAUCUCCUAUGAUGAGAUGGGUAAGGGUUAGCCACCAGGUUAAGCACCAGGUGUUUGCUGAUUGUUUCUGGCUAGUCUGAAGGAGCUGAGUGGAGGAGUGGCGGGGUAGAGCUGCUCUGAGAGGUGGAAGCUCUAAAGCUUGGAAUCUGCAGCUCAGAGGAGGAGCUUCGUCUUUGAAGGCGGAGCUAGGUCCACCCAGGCGUUUUGCACAGUUGAAUGGUUGCCAUGGGGAUUAAAGGAUUGCUCAAACAUGCAUGAGAGAAUCAGCAGGUCAGGCUGUUUUAAAGAUCAUAAAACUUCAGUCAAUGCAACCUUUGUCCUCAUUUUUUUUAAAGCUUGAUACUUUAAAAUCUAAACAUAAAUUUACAGUCAUGAUUCUUCAAUGAAAUAACUCAACGUUUCGUUUAUGGGCUUUGUGGCUCUAGACAAACGUUUCAGGGAACUGAAGGCUCUGGAUAGUAAACGUUGACGACCUCUGCCCCGAGGUGUGGCCUAGGAGCUUUAAUGAGAUGUUUGUAGUGACAGCAUCUGUGAGGUGGAAGUCAGAAGGCAGAAUCUGAUCUCAGAUGGAGGGCAAAGAUAGAAACAGGACACCUGGAAAUGAUCUUGUUCUCAAAUCUACGUCUGAUUAAGGAUCUGAAAAGCUGAGAAGUAAACAACACAGGCCAUGUGAUUAAGGUCUGGAAGAUAUGCAGCGCUGCACAA